AGCCUGACUCCAGGAGGAUAAAAGACGAAGGGAGGGGUCAUUUUGGUGGCUGUCUCCUCUAGGAGGUGCAGUGGCUCAGGUGCAGGGAAGAGCACAGCUCUUAGCCAGGCCCUGAGUCGAGGUGUGGCAGCGGUUACAAGGCUAAGUGGGACCGAAAGCUUCCCAGGUGCACAGCAUUGAGAUUCCUGCAGCCUCUGCAUGCAGACCAUGGAACGGAGGAGCGCUGUGAACCACACCAUUAACUUCCCCUACCAAGACCUGGCUUCCGAGGUGACCAGGCGCAGGGACGCCAUGGCCACCAGAGAAGAGAUGAUUACCAAGAAAAACAAUGAUGCUAGAGAGAGGGUCUACCACUCAGACACGGAGACAGAGGCUUCUCCCAGAAAGACCGACCUCAUGGUACCCCCUCCGCCACCGCCUUCUCCAGCUGAGGAGUCCACUAUCUGCUAAACAAGUAUAAUUUAAAUUAUUUUGAGGUGGACCAUGAUAGGAGACUCUGGCAAGCAGUUUCAGCAAUGUAUAGGACUUUGAAGACUGCCUUAGAAAUUUUUCUUUUCUCUGUUUCUUCUCCUAGCGACACCCCCAGGUGUCCUUCCUUCCUGCACAUGCACUGGGAGGGAUUUGGGGUUUCAAGCUGAGUCUCUGCGGAUGUUUCUUUGAUCUUUAAUUUAUGCUGUGCUGUGGAACACUUGCAGCAGUCGAUUGCAUUUGAAUUUAAAAAGUUAUCCAGCAUCGUUGUUUAUUAUUGAAUCUGAAUCUGUAAAAAGUUCGGGUUUCUGUGACUUAACUCUAAAGUUCUGUGACUCAACUCUAAAGAUCUGAGGUCCAGAGAACCCUGAGGUGUUUCAGUUUUCAAAACUCAGCCGGGCACCACAGUUUUACAGCUCAUUCAUUCCCAUUUAACUGAGCCGUGUCUCCCUCCCUUGUGCUGGAGGUGGAGUGAGUGAGUUUUUCAAAGUUUACUGAUAGGGGAUUGAGGAGAUUUUCAAACUCUAUCAACAGAAAACUCUGCUUGGAAAAGCAGGCAGUACAGAAUGAUUGAGUGGAAAGAAGUGUAUUUCCUGGGCCUCCUGUUCAGGCCUCUUAGCAGGCCAUCAAAGCUCCUCUUAAUGCUUUCCGGUAUCCUUUGAGUGGUUUGGAGGCACCAGAAAUAUAAUUUGGAUGCACAUGAAAAUAUAACUUGCCCAUCUUUUAAGUCGUCUGUUUCUCAUGGCGUCCUUGAGGGUGUUUCUCUCUCCACACCUGCCUGUGUGAAAGUGCCCCAACUCUCUUCCCCAGCAGCCAGUGACAGUGGGUGGAUGUCUGCGUGAGGCAGAGGCAUGCCCUGAGCAUCUGUCAUUGCCAGCUGACUGCUCCUCCUCUCCCUCCCUCCCUCCCACGAGGAGUCGCACCUGCACUGCCUGGUGGAAUAGCCUCAUGCCAGGUGUGGCUCCUUACAUUGAAAUUCAUUAAAAUUGAAUAAGAUAAAAAUUGAGGGGGUUAAGAGGGCUGGAGAUUUAGCUCAGUGGCUCAAGUGCCUGCCUGAUAAGUGCAAGGUCAUUAGUUCAAUCCCCAGCACCAAAAAAAAAAAAAAUAAAUAAAUAAAAUAAAUAUAUAUAUAUAGUUCACAUUUACAGUAUGGUGCCUACUGUGUGAGCCAGGCCACUCUUCUAGGGACACAUCAUUGUAUAGAGAAAUCAACCCCUGUCCCAAUGGAGAUUAUCUUCCAGUGGGGGAAGACUUACGAAAAUAUAUGAUGAGUAUAACAGAAAAGAAACAUUUUAAAUAAUAAGAUGAAGUAAGGGAGCUUAAAAGCACAGUACGAAGCAGCAGGUUAGUUGCAAUUAUAAGCAACGUGGCCUGGGAAGGCCUCAUAAGGAAAGUGAAGGCUGGAAGCUGGGGAUGGAGUUAGGUGUGGGACACCUGGAGUGGAGGGGAGAGCAGGUGCCAAAGGCUCAGGGCAGAGUGUCCUGCUGUGUCCGGGGGAGAUUUAAGGAGGUCAAGUGGGUGUGGCCAGAGUAGAGGGAACUGGGACAGUACUAGAGCCGAUGGGCCUUUGGAAGAACUCUGACUUUGAGAUGGGAAGCUGCAAGGGGUUUUCUGAAAAACAGGCAUAAUCUGGCUUGCGCUGUAAUAGAAUAGGCUGCCAUAGAGAGAACAGGCUGUGCAAAGGGAGAGGAAGUGGUAUAGAUGCUAUCACAGUCCUCGAGGAAUAAGAUGGUCAUUUGUAGCAGGGUUAGGGUGCUAAAUGUGGCCGGGUGCUGCACUGUUUUUAAAGAUAGAUUGGGUGUAGGUUAUGAAAGAGAUGGAUAAAGGAUGAAUCUGAUAUUUUUUGGUUUGAGUAACCAGAGAGAUGGAAUUCCAUCUGCCAUGAGGAUCAGAUGUGAUCUAUCUGGGGGCAGAGAUAGGGACUCAGAAGCUCAGUUUUUGAUAAUUAUAUGGCUAAUAGACCUCUCAAUGGAGAGGUCACUUGGGCAAGUGAAUGAGUCUAAAAGUUCAGGCCUCACCACUGUGUGGACAGAGACACUGAGGGAGCCAUCAGCAUGAAAAUGGUAUUUAAAGCCCUGAUCCUAGAUGGGAUUUGCAGAGAAGUCAAUAGAUAAGAAGCACCUAAGCCCAGGCUGGAAGUACUUUAGCCUCAAGUGGUUGGGGCUAAAAGGAGGAACCAGCAAAGGACACAGCGGAGCAGUCAAAGACGCAGGAGGAGCGUAAUAUCCUAAAAACUAAGAGAAAGUUUUCUUCUUCCUUUGGUUUUUCCUUCACUCCCUUCUUCUAUCCCAAAUCCAGAACCACAGCUGAUAGAAAAUAGGAGAUGGGCCAUGGGCAGGAUGUGCAAAAGGAGUUUGCCUCCCCCACGGGGAGCUCUGAUGCUCUCCUGAGCACCCAGAGGUGGCUCCACACUUUCUGCUUUCCAUUCAAAGGUCUGAAAGAUAUAGGUGCUUGGUAGGGUAAAUUAACACAUGCGUUCUGACUUUUUAGGUUUUCUAGUCUUUAAGAAUCUGCUGUCCAUGAAUGAGGAUGGCGAUACCCAACUAACUGUUAUGGACCAAGCUGAAUUCCCCCACUCCAUAUGUUGAAGUCCUGAUCCUAACAUGCUGAGGGUCCCUAAGUCCAAAAAUAUGAAAUCCAAAGUGCUGCAAAAUCUGAAAUUUUUUGCUGAUGUGACACCACUAGCAGAAACUUUCAAACCUGGCCUUAUAUGAUAAGCCAGGAAGGGUGUAGUUACACUGAAAAUAUUAUAUAAAGUUACAUUCAGGCUGUGUGCAUAUGUCCAAGAUAUACAUGUGACACAAAUGCGUUUGUUUAGAUUUGUUUCAUCCCCCAGCUAUCAAAUUACAUAUGUGUAAACAUUCUAAAAACCUGAAAACAAAAAUCUCAAACACUUCUGAUCCCAAGCAUUUCAGAUGAAGAAUAUUAAACCUCAUACUUUGGAAUGUGACUGUCUCUGAAGAGCUGACCUCAAUUGGUAAAUUCCUUUAAACUAAAGCCAUUAGGGUGAAGCUUAGUCCAGUGUGAUGAGUACCCUCGUAAAAAGAGGCAUUGAGAAUACAGGCACACACGGGAAGAGCUGAUGAAGACAGGGAGAAGACCCCAACACAAGCCAAGGAGAGAAGCCUCAGCAGUCAUCUUGAUCUUGGGCUUCAGCCUCCAGAACAGCAAGAAAAUAAAUGUCUGCGUUGGAACCACUCAGCCCUUGGUAUUUGUUAUGGCAGCCCAAGUGCCCUGCACAGCAGCAGAGAGACUGAGAUUCCAUCCUCUCCCUAAGUACUCACUAAAUGUGUUGCUUUAAAUAGGAUUUCCAUUUGUCAGUGCAAAUGAAAAGUCGAACUCUCAGUUUUGCUUUCCAAAGUACAGCCUCGAGAACUCACGGGAGGGAGAAUCCUUAAAGCCCAGACUUUGCUUUUUUGAAAAGCUGGUUCUCAAAGGCUGAGCCUUGGCCCCAUAAACAGUAAGUGGGAAGGCACAGACUAGAAUGCCCCUGUAGUUUGAAUCAAGUCUGGGGAAGCAAAAACCCUCAGGGUGAAGAAGCUUAGGUUUUGAUGUACUCCGAACAGGAUAUCAAAAACGGAAUAAUUUGGGGCAUUUGAAAGCAGAGUCGGGUGUCUGCUUUCAGCCAGUUUGUUCUUGUAGGAGAUAAAAGUCUAGCCAAGAAACGGCCUGGCACCAGCAGAGGGCAGCAGGUGAACGGCAAAGGAUACCUCUUUCCUGUGGGGCAGGCCCACUGCUGAAAUGUCCCUGUUUGGGGGUGGGGGGUACGCUAGAGAAAAGUAGCUCAUCAAAAAGAGGAUCAAAAGUUUGAGUCGUGCUUGGGCAAGUUAAUGAGACCCUGUCUCUAAAUAAAUAAAGGAGUGCGGAUGUAGCUUAGUGUGGAGGUCCUGGGUUCAAUCCCCAUUGCAAAGGAAGAGAGAAUCUGGACAUCGGAGUAGGCUGCAGACCUAGGAGUGCUAGGGUGGCCUGCAUGUCAGGAGCUAAUGCUGGGAUCCAUAUUGAUGGUGAAAGCAGUGUGAAGGAAAUUCUGCCUGGUUUCCUUCCCUCAGUCUUAGCCCCAAUGCUUGCUUACCUCAAGCAUGGAUUCCACCUUAGGGACAAUGAGAGAGAAGCAGAAUGAGCUGACAGCUAUUUCAGCUAUUAAAUAAUGAAUAUGGGGGUUGGAGGGAGAAGGAGAAGUUAUUUAAUGAGAACAGAAUUUGUUUCAUAGGAUGGAAAGUUCUGGGGAUAGAUGGUAGUGAUGGUGCACAAUAUAAAUGUAUUUAAUACCACUGAAUUGUGCUAUCAAACGCCAAAGUUUUGUUGUAUUUUAUCACAGUUUUUCAAGUUGUUUAUUUGAGGUUGUUUGCAAAAUUAAUACUCAUGACAACAGAUAAGACCCAAAGGGAAAUGAGGGUGAAGUAAGGGAGAGAUGGAAAGAUUUUUCAGGAGAGGCCAAGAACACGAAGAGAUGCAGUUAAAAAAAAGUGUGGAUUCCAUGGUUUGCCUGGUGUCUUUCUGGGCAAAAUCUCAAAACCAGGCACAAGCCACAAGUUUGUUCGCCCUUCCGUUCCUCUCCCACUCUUUUUAUCACACACACACACACACACUCUACACGCACACACACACAC